UUUAUCCCCCCCCCCCCCCCUCUUUCGAUUAGACACCUGCGUUCUGGCCAGUAUUUAGCGUCGACGUGGACAAGCUUCCCUGACUCCCAGCCAAUUUUCCCACACCGAUCUCAUCGCUUUCUUGGCUGUUUGCUUGCUUACCGUUCCCAUAUCCAUAUACAUACACAUUACAGUAGUGCAGCAGUCUGGCAACCUCAAACCUCAAAAGUCCCUCGUCUUAGCAAUCGCUUUCCAUCGCUUGUCCGUCCCAUCUCGUUCUGAGCUUCGUCCAUCGGGACAUCACUUGCCGCGUCCCUUUCUUUCAAAGCUUCGCUAGCUCGGUCUCUCGCCCACCAUGCGUCUGACCCUUGCUAGCCUCACCACCGUCUUGGUGGUCGCGCUUCAGUUCGCCGAUGCUAAGCCCCACCCCAAGCAGAACGUGGCCGGAACUCCCAUUCCUGAACAGUACAUUGUUGUUUUCAAGAAGGAUGUGGAGCAAAGCACCUUCCAGAACCACGUGAGCUGGUUGCAAACUUCUUUUGCCCCGAGCCCCUUGUUGACCGUUCAAGCUCUUGCUGGCGGAGUUUCUAUCGAUAUCGAGAAGCCAGUCAGCGCCUACGGCAUCAAGCAUGCUUACGACUUUUCUGACUUCAAGGGAUAUGCUGCAAAGUUGCCCAAGGACGUAGCUGAGGCGCUGAGGCAAGACCCCAGUGUGGAUUACAUCGAGGAGGACAAGAUCGUUUCGAUCACCGGAAAGCAGGGCAACCCGGGAUCCUGGGGCCUGCAGCGAAUCCACACCCGAAAGUUGCCCCUUUCGAGCAACUACGAAUACCCCGACUCGGCUGGAGAGGGUGUUAACGCAUACAUCAUCGACACCGGAAUCUUCGUUGACCACCCCGAAUUCGAGGGCCGUGCGAAGAUUGGCAAAAGUUUUACCACCGACGGUGAUGCUGACGGAAACGGCCACGGCACCCACGUCGCCGGGACCAUCGGCUCCAAGACUUUCGGUGUUGCCAAGAAGGUUAGCCUCAUUGCCGUGAAGGUGUUGGACGCCCGAGGCUCCGGCACCACUUCGGACGUCAUUGCCGGAAUCGAGUAUGUGACCAAGGAAGCGCCCAAGCGUGGAAGAAAGUCCGUCGCCAACAUGUCUCUCGGUGGUGGUGCCUCCACUGCUUUGGACCGCGCUGUUCAAGGAGCCAUCAAGGCGGGUGUGAACUUUGCCAUUGCUGCCGGUAACUCUGGUCGGGAUGCCUGCCUCUUGUCUCCCGCCCGUGUCCCCGAAGCUAUUACCGUUGCCGCCUCCGACAAGACCGACCACAUCGCCUCAUUCUCCGAACGCGGAACCUGUGUGGACAUCAUCGCCCCCGGUGUUGAUAUCACAUCCACCUGGAACAACGGCCGUACCAACACCAUUAGCGGUACUUCUAUGGCUACUCCUCAUGUCGCUGGUGUCGUUGCCCUUGCCCUCGCAGAGGGUAACUUCACUACCCCCGCCGAAGUCCAGACCUACUUGAAGGUCAUUGCGACCAAGGACCUCAUCCAAGGCACGCUGCAACGCACUCCCAACGCUUUCCUGUACAACAACGUCAAGGAUGGCAAGAUCCCCGACAAGGAGCCCGCUGAACCCGCUCCAUUGCCCCCAAGCGACCCCAACGAACCCGCACCCGGUGACGGCGUCUGCCCCUUCCCUCAGUGCUUGUUCGACCCUGCUUGCACGGAAUGCUGCAUUGACUGCCUCUGGCAGUGGAAGGGCAAGAGCCACCGCGCUUAAGCCAUGCAUAACUUAGUCUUUUCACUUUGGAUAUCCUUCGAUAUCAUGUCUUGAAUUUUGUUCGUGUGGAUUGAGCGUGUUUGUCUUUCUAUAGUGCUGUUGCUGUCAAGCCAGGGAGACUUGUGUCUUUUAAGAAUUCGAUUUUGAUUAUACCUCGUAUGUUGUGUUGGAUACGAAGACUUCUUCGAGCUUCCCUUUGCAAAUAGCUUAACUUGCGCUGGUUAUGGACAUGCACAUGCACACAUGGACACUCAGACCUGA